UGUGUAGUAAUUGGUCUUUUGCUUUUAAUCUUUUGAUCGAAUUUUGUAGUGUUGUUGCUGACAUCACUUUUGUCAUAUGAAGUUCUUGUCGUCAUUAUAAACUCAAAACAUUUCCCAGACCCUCUCUCUCUCUCCGGCUUCUUCAACUCUGUUUGAAAUCAAAACAUGAACUCGAUCGUCUCCAACCAUCUCUAGUGCUUCUUUCUCACUAAGAGCGAGGAUACGUGUCUUCUCAAUACAAGAAGACACCUAUCUAUGUCCAUGCCCUUUGGUUUCCACAGUUAAAAACAGAGAUGGAUUUUCUUCUCACGAGGACGCAAUGGUUUCAGCUAAACUCGCUUUGCAUGAAGGAACAUAUAAGCAUCAGUAUGCAAGUGGCCUUCCUCGCUUUCUUCGUAAUUCAUUUGGCGUUGAAAUGGCUUGGUGUGGUGAGAAACAGAGGAGCUAAUGAUGUAGAAGAAGACUUGAAGAAGCAGAGCAUAACCGUGAAGCAGAGCUUCUCUUACACCACAUCUAUUCUCUGCUCUGUUUCUAUCUUCGGGACUCAUUGCUUUAUCUUGCUUUUGCUGUUUCGAGACAGCGUGGUGUCCCGGUGUGAUUCCUCUGUUUCUGUCUGCUCCGCUGAGAUUUCACAGUCUUUCUCGUGGCUUAUCGUCUCUAUUUAUGUGAUGAAGAUAAGAGAUAGGAGACUUGUUAAGUUUCCUUGGAUGUUAAGGUCAUGGUGGCUCUGUACUUUCACCUUAUCCUUUGCCUUUAAUGCUCGUCUCAUAGCUCCCAACCACGAGCCUCUAAGGUUUCAAGAUUAUGCUGACUUGACUGCUCUUCUCGCAUCCCUGUUCUUGCUGGCUGUUUCGAUCAGAGGGAAGACCGGCUUUCGUCUUCUUGAACCCAGCGAAAUCACAGAGCCAUUACUACUCGGUGGCGAAACAGAGCAGAUCAAGAAGGAUCCUUCUUCUUCUUCUUCUCCAUAUGGAAACGCUACUCUCUUCCAACGCAUCACUUUCUCAUGGAUCAACCCUUUGUUCUCACUCGGAUACAAGAAACCUCUCGAAAAAGACGAUGUACCAGACAUCGAUGUGAAAGAUUCCGCUCGAUCUUGCUCUCAAGCGUUUGACAAUAACCUUAAAACCACCAUAGAAGAAGAAGGACCUGGAAAAGCUUUCUUCUACAAGUCGGUUCUUCGGUUUGUAUGGAAGAAAGCAGCUAUCAACGCUGUGUUCGCAGUUGUCAACGCGAGCACGGCUUACAUCGGACCAUAUCUCAUCAAUGACUUUGUGGUGUUUUUAACCGAGAAACAAGACCAAAGCUUAAAGUAUGGUUACAUUCUUGCACUCGGUUUUCUAAGCGCCAAGAUCGUCGAGACGGUCACUCAAAGGCAAUGGAUUUUUGGAGCUCGUCAGCUAGGAAUGCGCCUACGAGCAGCUUUGAUAUCACAUAUAUACCAAAAAGGUUUACUAUUAUCUAGUCAAUCUCGACAAAGCCACACGAGCGGAGAGAUCAUCAACUACAUGAGUGUAGAUGUUCAGAGAAUCACUGAUUUCAUCUGGUAUGUAAACACUAUAUGGAUGUUACCUAUUCAGAUUUUCUCGGCGAUCUUUAUCCUGCAGAAGCAUCUAGGACUUGGAGCUUUAGCUGCAUUGGUCACAACAUUAAUGGUGAUGGCUUGCAAUUACCCACUGACAAGGAUUCAGAGAAACUACCAAUCAGACAUCAUGAACGCCAAAGAUGAUAGAAUGAAAGCAACUUCAGAGAUUCUUAAGAACAUGAAGAUUCUGAAGCUUCAAGCUUGGGACAACCAGUUUCUCAACAAGGUCAAAAGGUUAAGAAAGAAAGAGUAUGACUGUCUAUGGAAGUCUUUGAGGUUACAAGCUUUCACAACUUUCAUACUUUGGGGAGCUCCUGCUUUGAUCUCUGUUGUGACUUUCGUUACUUGUAUGCUAAUCGGAGUGAAGCUAACAGCUGGAGCAGUCUUGUCUGCUCUUGCAACGUUUCAAAUGUUACAGAGUCCCAUUUUCGGUUUACCUGAUCUCCUCUCUGCUCUAGUUCAAAGCAAGGUCUCUGCAGACAGAAUCGCUUCUUACCUUCAACAAAGCGAGACUCAGAAAGAUGCUGUUGAGUACUCCUCAAAGGAUCAUACUGAGUUAAGUGUUGAAAUAGAAAACGGAUCAUUCAGCUGGGAGCCUGAGGCAAGCAGACCAACUCUCGAUGGAAUAGAGCUGAGAGUGAAACGAGGAAUGAAAGUAGCGAUUUGCGGAGCUGUAGGAUCAGGGAAGUCAAGCUUACUCUCAUCCAUCUUAGGGGAGAUUCAGAAGCUGAGAGGAACAGUUAGAGUCAGUGGUAAACAAGCUUACGUUCCUCAGUCGCCGUGGAUACUGACAGGAACCAUAAGAGAUAACAUUCUGUUUGGAAGCGUUUAUGAGAGCGACAAGUAUGAGAGAACUGUGAAAGCAUGUGCUUUGAUAAAAGACUUUGAGCUCUUCUCCAAUGGAGACAUGACAGAGAUUGGAGAGAGAGGGAUAAACAUGAGUGGAGGUCAGAAGCAGAGGAUACAGAUUGCUCGAGCGGUUUAUCAAGAUGCUGAUAUAUAUCUACUCGAUGAUCCUUUUAGCGCUGUUGAUGCUCAUACAGGAAGACAACUCUUUGAAGAAUGCUUAAUGGGGAUGUUGAAAGAAAAAACAGUGCUUUACGUUACCCAUCAAGUCGAGUUUCUUCCAGCUGCAGAUCUCAUUUUGGUGAUGCAAAACGGAAGAGUGAUGCAAGCAGGGCAAUUCGAAGAGCUUCUGAAGCAAAACAUAGGUUUUGAAGUUCUUGUAGGAGCUCACAACGAAGCUCUUGAGUCGAUCCUAUCAAUUGAGAAGUCAAGCAGAAACUUCAAAGAAGGAUCCAAAGACGACACAUCAUCGAUUGCAGAGUCUCUUCAGACACAGCGUGACUCAGAGCACAACAUCUCAACGGAGAACAAAAAGAAGGAAGCAAAGCUAGUGCAAGAUGAAGAGACAGAGAAAGGAGUGAUUGGCAGAGAAGUUUACUUGGCGUAUUUGAGAACGGUGAAAGGAGGAUUGCUUGUGCCAAUCAUAAUCUUGGCUCAGUCUUGCUUCCAAAUGCUGCAGAUUGCUAGCAACUACUGGAUGGCAUGGACUGCUCCUCCAUCUGCUGAAUCCAAACCAAAGUUCGGGAUGGAUCGGAUUCUACUUGUUUACGCACUUCUUGCUGCGGGAAGCUCACUCUGUGUUCUUGCACGGACUAUACUUGUCGCCAUAGGUGGACUUUUAACUGCAGAGAAGUUCUUCUCAAGGAUGCUAUGCAGCAUUUUCAGAGCUCCCAUGUCAUUUUUCGAUUCGACUCCAACAGGAAGAAUCUUGAACAGAGCAUCCACAGAUCAAAGCGUUCUGGAUUUGGAAAUGGCAAUCAGGCUAGGUUGGUGUGCUUUCUCCAUCAUUCAGAUUGUUGGAACCAUCUUCGUGAUGUCUCAAGUUGCUUGGCAAGUUUGUGUCAUCUUCAUUCCAGUAGCAGUAGCCUGCGUGUUUUACCAGAGAUAUUACACACCAACGGCAAGAGAACUGUCACGCAUGUCGGGAGUAGAAAGAGCUCCAAUCCUCCACCAUUUCGCUGAAUCACUUGCUGGUGCGACAACGAUACGCGCCUUUGAUCAAAGAGAUCGCUUCAUUAGCUCAAACCUUAGUCUGAUUGAUAACCAUUCAAGGCCAUGGUUCCAUGUUGCAUCAGCAAUGGAGUGGCUUUCCUUCAGAUUGAAUUUGCUUUCUCAUUUUGUCUUUGCUUUCUCCUUGGUGUUACUUGUGACUCUCCCUGAAGGUGUCAUCAAUCCAAGUAUUGCUGGUCUUGGAGUCACAUAUGGCUUAAGUCUGAAUGUUUUACAAGCCACGGUGAUAUGGAACAUAUGUAAUGCAGAGAACAAGAUGAUCUCUGUAGAAAGGAUUCUUCAGUACUCCAAAAUCCCAAGUGAGGCUCCUUUAGUAAUUGAUGAUCACAUACCUCUUGAUAACUGGCCAAAUGUUGGAACAAUCGUCUUCAGAGACCUACAGGUCCGGUAUGCAGAACAUUUCCCAGCUGUCCUGAAGAACAUCACCUGUGAGUUUCCAGGAGGGAAAAAGAUUGGAGUUGUGGGAAGAACAGGAAGCGGCAAAUCAACUUUGAUUCAGGCAUUAUUUAGGAUUGUUGAGCCAAGUCAAGGAACCAUAGUUAUUGAUAAUGUUGAUAUUACCAAGAUUGGUCUGCAUGACCUGAGGUCAAGGCUUGGGAUCAUUCCUCAAGAUCCAGCACUGUUUGAUGGAACAGUCAGAGUAAAUCUAGAUCCUCUAGCUCAGUACACUGAUGGUGAAGUAUGGGAGGCGCUUGACAAAUGCCAACUAGGAAAAGUUCUGCGUGCAAAGGAUGAGAAGUUGGAUGCUACAGUGGUUGAAAAUGGAGAGAAUUGGAGCGUAGGGCAAAGACAGUUAGUAUGUCUAGGGAGGGUGUUGUUGAAGAAAAGCAACAUUCUGGUGCUUGAUGAGGCAACUGCUUCAGUUGAUUCUGCAACAGAUGGUGUGAUACAAAAGAUCAUCACUCAAGAAUUUAAAGACCGAACAGUGGUGACUAUAGCUCACAGAAUCCAUACAGUGAUCGAGAGUGAUCUUGUUCUCGUUCUAAGUGAUGGACGAAUCGCAGAGUUUGACUCACCUGCAAAACUGCUAGAGAGGGAAGAUUCUUUCUUCUCCAAACUCAUAAAAGAGUAUUCGACGAGAUCUAAACACUUCACCUGAUCAUUUUCAUACAUCUUGUUGGUUGAUGAUGCCUCUUCAGUAUUUAGAUGGUUUACAUUGGCGAUGUCUCCAUGCCUCCGAACAAAGUGAAAGUCGUUGCAUAUUCCUUUGAUACAAUUUCUGGAAUCACAUUUUUUUUUUCUCUCGAGUUUUGCACUAAUUUAAGCUGUUGUUGUAUGAACUUUAAAAAUGGCAUUGUGGAAUCUCAGCUGAACGUAGGGUUGGCUAGAGAACGUAUGCAGAAUCAACCUUAGUUCAAGUUUAAAAAUUUCGAUUCUUCUGCAAAAGCCUUGCAAACAAAGAGUGUGAAACAUUUCAUUUACAGUAGAGUAGAAGGUGGUGGUGUUUCAACUACAAAGAUGGAGCUCGAGUCUAGACAAGUUUCUUAGGAAGCAAUGCAGCGGCCACGAUCCUGUCUUGUUCAUUCAGAAUGUUGUACGUCGAUGCAGCAUUUCUGUGGAUAGAAGAGGCAAAUACAGAUAGUUCCAAGCCCAACAGAACAUGGACUUGUAGGAGGAUAAGAGAAGCUGGAAUGGAUCAGACAUACGGAAUCAACUGUUUCUAGCUUCAUGCCAAUUGUCUUUACGACAUCACAUGGUUUUCUAUUGGGCUAUAAGAACACAUCAAUCAAUUUCAACCCAGAAAAAGUUCUUAACACAUAAAAGAAUGUCUUUUCAACACAGUAUCACAUCUUCUGAUAUCAACGAUUACUAAAGCUUCAAACUUUCUAAAAUCAUUGGUUGCUCAAGUUUCAAGAAUGUAACUUUAAGCAGCUGCAACAUCUCUGAACUCUAAAGGGUUUCAUCAGUUGCUCAAGAUUCGAGCAUAGUCAGCCUGAGCAUAGUCUCCAGUACCAUCAUAAGCUGAAGAAAAGAGAGAGGGUGUACCUUAUCCAUUGUGAUAUCGGAGAAAUUACAUGACAUUAGCAUUCACCGUGAAGCUCGUCUCUCAUCAAAUCUGAGAGAUGUAAUGGGAUUUGAUUUGUCUACUCCUGAAACCGAAGCUGGUCCUCAGGAACAUUAUCGAUGAGACUGGUCUGAUCGUAUGCAGAGAAAGCACGUAUGUCUCACCACCGUCAUCUCCGCCGUCUCGCAAUCUCUCCGUUCCCUCGGCUGUUAUUAUACGAAAUCGGUUUAUUGGUUUAUAACAUGUACCACCAUUAUUGGUUCUCGCUUCCGAUGGGUAAACCACCAC